AUGAACUUGGGACAUCAUGCCUUGCAAUUGGGUGCACGAAGUGAUUGUCCAGUUGGCGAACAUCCAUCUAGACAAUGGUCGAGUGAAGCAACAGUAAAAAAUAUGCCUGAAAUGCUCAAAUGUCCCAUUCAUAUAGCUAUUGAACGAGGACACAUGAAAAUGGUCGAUUUGUUUGUACGACAUUCGCUUUUGUGUACUCAAGUGACUCAUCCAAUAUCGGGAUUUUUACCCUAUCGCUUGGCAUUAUCAUUGUCUAUGUUAUCGAAAACAAAAGCAGAAAAACAACGUUACAGUCAUAUCUAUUUAUAUCUCUAUGAUAAACAAUUCAAUCUCAAAAUCCCCCUCAAUACCAAUGGUAGUAAUAAUGCCAGUUUAUUAAUAUCGAACACGAACGUCAGAACACUGCAUCGAUCACCGGCACAUCUUGUCGCUUUUUCUGUGCCACGCUACUGUAAAAUAAUCAGAUGGUACGAACGAGCACGAGAACGUGUUUGGAAAAAAUACGGUGUUCACAUCGACAAUUCAGUUGACAUCAAACGAGCUUAUCAUAGUAAAGGCUUAUUAGGUUACAAAGUAUUGAUCGAUGGUUUCAACAAUACCUUCGACGCUUCCGAUAGAAAAUGGCCAAUAGACCAAACUGACCGCUAUAGUGGUUAUACAGAUGAAGAACGUGAGAAGAUACUUAAAAUGAAAGCAUACAUGAAACAGUUUGGAGUUGAUGAACAGCAACGCGCUAAAUCUGCAGCAGCCAUCAACCGUCAAAAAUCACGGCAUCCUCCACUCUUGGCUCAACAUGGUUUCUUCGCAGCAAGGAUACAACCGAUCAGUUUUGCAUCUACAAAUUCUUCAGUAAUUUUGGAAGACAUCGUUUCGUCAUCGGAGCUCUCCAAUGAUCAAGAUACUUCGAAUUUUAUCGGCUCGGAUCAUCGAUGUCAAAAUCUCAUCGUCAAUACAGAAAGAUCGUUGAAUAUAUAUAGAACACAAUCGACCGCAGCCAAUCUAGUAUCAGUCGAAUCGAAAGAUGAUCAACAUGGAUGCAAUCGAACAGCUAAACCAAGAUCGAAAACGAGUUGCAAAACUGUUGUCCCUAUCGUUCAUGAAAAGAGAGAACAUGAACAGCAAGAGAAAUCUACUGUACCACCGAUUACUACACCGAUUUCGAAUGCGUCAAUCGUACAGUCGAUACGAAAACAAAAUCUCAGAAUCAUGGCCACUGCAAAUAUAACUUCAAAUCGUCAAAAGAAAAUGUCUUCUAUGGAUAAUUCCUUAUUAUCGCCAACUCGUAUGGCUGUCAAUGACCAACAACAGAAAAUCACGACUAAACGCGAUCUAUUGAUAAAAGCCGAACAAUCUUUACAGAAUUCUGCCAAGAAAUUGACAACAAAAAUGAAAUCUCCUUCUGUUCAGACCAAUUGCAGUAGAAUUCUCGAUAGCGAUUCUCAUACACAACGUCCAGAUCACCAAGCAAGAAAAAAUUUAGGUCCACUCCAAUUUCCUCUCGAUAAAAAACUUCAACAAGCAACUAUUAAAUCCUAUGAACGUCGUGCUAGUGCAUCGAUCCACACGACUGCCGUUCAUUGUUUGCAAGAGGUUCAGUUUUUCAAACGAAAAUCAUGGAUUAAACAAGUUGAGAUCAGUAAAGAAAUGGUCAAGCAACACGUCAAACGACUUCUUCGACAAGUCGAUGACAACGACGACGGAAGAAUCAAUUCUGUCUUCACGCCUAUGCGAGACAUCGGCAUUGCGCCUUCUCCAUGCACAAAUCGAUUUCCAACAGUCAAAGCAUAUUGA